UCCAGCAGCUCGCUCACACGGACACACACGCAGCGUCUGUUUGACCAAACUAAAAGUGUACCGCUGGUGCUGCUGCUGCUGCGGCUGUGUGAACGGUCUUACACACACCAACCAAACCCGGCAUGGAGGUGAUGUUUUGGGGAAAGGACGGCGGACAGAGAGCCGCCCGGAGGAUGUAACGGCAGCUCCAGAGCCGUUGGCAGUGCACGAGGCAGAAUACAAAAGGAACCGCCGAGCAGAGGAGGCGAUGGUGGGGAGAGGAGCAGCAGCAGCAAGGGGAGCGGGCUUCACAUCGACCCCAGCUUCAGUUCUCUGAAACCACCACUGACUUUGAAACUGGCUUAUAAAUGCGAGAAAAUCCUCCAGCAUGUCGGAUCCGAGUCACUGGUCUGCGGUGCCAAACCAGAACAAGUCCCAUUUUGUUCCGGGAGCGUUGCUGAAGCGCUCGAAAAGCUGUCGCAGCAGCAACAGGAAGAGCCUCGGUGUCGGGACACCGUCACCCACACUGUCCCGGCCGCUCUCCCCGCUCUCACUCCACACUGCUGCGAGCAGCCCUCUGGACAGCCCUCGAAAUGUGUCAACCAGUGCCUGCCUCAACUUUCCAUUUGCCCGAAGUCACUUGGCUCGCGCCGACAGAGCGGAGGGCCGGAGAUGGUCCCUGGCAUCGCUCCCCUCAUCUGGCUAUGGAACCAACCCGCCGAGCUCCACUGUCUCGUCCUCCUCGUCCUCCCAGGAGCGUCUUCACCAGCUCCCCUACCAGCCGACUCAAGAUGAGCUGCACUUCCUUUUCAGACACUUCCGCAGCACAGACAGCAUGACAGACGAGGAUGGGCGGCCCGCGACAGUCAUCAGACCUCGUUCUAGGAGCCUCAGCCCUGGACGAUCGAGUGUCUCCUUUGAUAAUGAGAUUGUCAUGAUGAACCAUGUUUACAGGGAACGUUUUCCAAAGGCCACAGCCCAGAUGGAGGAGCGCUUGCUUGAGAUUAUCACCCACUGCUCUCCAGACAGCUCCCUCCCGCUGGCUGACGGGGUGCUGGGCUUCAUCCAGCACCAGUUGGUCGAGCUGGUUAGAGACUGUCUGGACAAGUCCCAGAAGGGCCUGGUUACGUCCCGCUACUUUGCCGAGCUGCAGGAGAAGCUGGAGAAGCUGCUUCAUGAGGCCUAUGACCGUUCUGAAAGCGAGGAGGUAACCGUCAUCAUCCAGCUGGUGAGGAAAAUCCUCAUCGUAAUCUCUCGGCCGGCUCGCCUCCUCGAGUGUCUGGAGUUCGACCCAGAAGAGUUUUACCACUUACUGGAGGCAGCAGAGGGUCACGCCAAAGUCGGCCAGGGGAUCAAGACGGACAUCCCGCGUUACAUCAUCAGCCAGCUGGGUCUGACACGGGACCCAUUUGACGACAUGGUACAACUUGAACAGUAUGACGCCAGUCCUACAGUGUCAGUGGAACCAGAUGCUACUGUGGAGACCAAGGCCCCACAGACGCUGACACCGACUCGAAGGAAACCUGUUGAGAGUGAUUUUGAAACAAUCAAACUCAUCAGUAAUGGAGCUUAUGGGGCCGUGUAUCUGGUCCGUCACAAGGAGACCCGCCAACGGUUUGCCAUGAAAAAGAUAAAUCGUCAGAACCUGGUCCUGAGGAACCAGAUCCAGCAGGCUUUUGUGGAGAGAGACAUCCUGACUUUUGCGGAGAACCCCUUUGUUGUCUCCAUGUUCUGCUCUUUUGAGACUCGACGUCACCUCUGCAUGGUCAUGGAGUAUGUGGAAGGUGGAGAUUGUGCCAAUCUGCUCAAGAACAUGGGCCCACUGCCUGUUGAAAUGACAAGGUUGUACUUUGCUGAGACAGUCCUGGCGCUGGAGUACCUUCACAACUAUGGCAUCGUGCAUCGGGAUCUCAAACCUGACAAUUUGUUGAUUACAUCCAUGGGCCACAUCAAGCUGACAGACUUUGGCUUGUCUAAAAUUGGCUUGAUGAACAUGACCACCAACCUGUAUGAAGGCCACAUGGAGAAAGACACAAGGGAGUUUGUAGACAAACAGGUGUGUGGCACUCCGGAGUACAUAGCCCCAGAGGUGAUCCUCAGGCAGGGCUAUGGGAAGCCAGUAGACUGGUGGGCGAUGGGGGUCAUCCUCUAUGAAUUCCUGGUCGGCUGCGUUCCGUUUUUUGGAGACACACCUGAAGAGCUUUUUGGACAAGUUGUCAGUGAUGACAUCAUUUGGCCAGAGGGAGACGAUGCCUUACCGAAUGAUGCCCAGGAUCUGAUCACCCGCCUGCUCAGGCAGAGUCCUUUAGACCGACUAGGAACUGGCAGCGCUUCAGAGGUCAAACAGCACCCCUUCUUCCAGGGUUUGGACUGGAAUGGACUCCUGAGGCAGAAAGCUGAAUUCAUCCCUCAGCUUGAGGGGGAGGAUGACACCAGCUACUUUGACACUCGCACAGAGCGUUACCAUCAUUUGGCGUCUGACGAGGAUGAGGAAACCAAUGAUGAAGAGUCUUCCUUGGAAAUCAGACAAUUUGCCUCUUGGUCGCAUCGCUUCAGCAAGGUUUACAGCAGCACGGAACAUCUGGCAACGCCGUCCAACCUGAGUUUCUCCUCUGAUCGCAGCCACAGCGAGGAAAAAGAGGACCGUGUGGACGUUGGAGGACUCAGUCCCUCCCCGAGCCCAGCAGAGGGCAGCGCUGAGCGCAGACAGGCCGGACGCAUGGCCAGCCUUCGCCCUCGGGCCUCCUCCAGCUCCUCCCAGUCUGAGAGGAGCACCAGUCCUCUGGUGAUGAGCAGCACCCACAGCCUGGAGACAAUGCCACGCUUUGCCCUCUCCACUGAUGAUGAAGCUGAGGUGGUUGUGUCAAACCUUCGGAGGAUCAGGAUUCGCAGCAACAGCACGGGAGGCAAACACUCGUCCCCCAAGGAACCGGCUGGCCCUCGGCGCUUCGGUAACCAGUUGGAGACCCCGGACAGACAGAGGCUUCCCUGUGGAGGGAAGGUUCCCAAGUCAGCCUCUGUCUCGGCCUUGUCUCUCAUCAUCACUACAGAUGACUCGCCCAGCUGCCUCCAGCCCAGUCCCAUCUCUCCACGCUCUCUGUCCUCCAACCCUUCGUCCCGUGACUCCUCCCCCAACCGGGACCUGUCACUUAGCCCCGGCAGCCUGAGGCCACCCAUCGUCAUCCACACCUCAGGGAAGAAACACGGUUUUACCCUGCAGGCCAUCCGGGUCUACAUGGGUGACAGCGAUGUCUACACUGUGCAUCACAUGGUGUCGAGUGUGGAGGAGAGCAGCCUGGCUUACCAGGCAGGUCUCCGCACUGGAGACCUCAUCACCCACGUGAAUGGAGAGUCUGUCCAGGGCCUGGUCCACACUGAGAUGAUAGAACUGCUGCUGAAGAGUGGCAGCAAGGUGGCGCUUCAGACCAUAGCACUUGAGAAUACGUCCAUUAAAGUGGGUCCAGCUCGAAAGACCAAACACAAAGGCAAGAUGGCUCGUCGCAGCAAGAAGAGCAGGAGGAGAGAUAAUUACGACAGGAGACGAAGCAUCUUGAAGAAGCUGUCCAAGCAGAGCACAGUGAUGCACAGCAGUCGCAGCUUCAAUUCAGGUCUCCACCACUCUGUUUCCUCCAGCGAGAGUCUUCCAGGCUCCCCGACGCACAGCCUCUCACCCGGCCCCUCCACACCCUGCCGGAGUCCUGCACCCGAUCAUCAGGCCUUUGACAAUAACUCUCCUCAGAGCACAUCUCCUUGCUCCAGCUCUCCUAGUUCACCCGCUGCACACAUCCGGCCGAGUUCUCUCCACGGCCUGGGCUCCAAACUCAGCACGCAGCGCUACACCAAGGUGGGCCGCCGGAAGUCAACCAGCAACAUCCCCCCCUCGCCCCUGGCCUGCAACUCCUCCUCAUCCUCCACCCAGCCUCUUUCUCCACAGCGCUCUCCCUCUCCUUUGUCAGGGUUUGCCAAAAGCUUUCACGGCUACCACGGCAAAACCCUGUCCCCACCCACCAUUGUCAGACACAUUGUCCGGCCCCGCAGCGCAGAGCCGCCUCGGUCCCCUCUCCUGAAGAGGGUACAGUCAGCUGAGAAACUGUCUGGUGUGUAUCAUUCUGAUAAGAAAUUGUACACCCCCCGCAGGCACACGCUGGAAGUGCCGUUUUACGGUGAAGGGGACCUGCUGGGUGACUCAGAGGCAGAGGGGGCCUGUGGAGGCUCCUACAUCGGAGCGGAUCUCAGCAGGCUAGGGGGAUACAUCGGCAGCCAGAGGCUGAGAGACUCUGGGAUUGAGCGAUCGGAGCAGCUGGUUGUGAUGCGAAAGCUCAACCUAUCAGAGCGGCGGGACUCCUUUAAGAAACAGGAGGCAGUGCAGGAGGUGAGCUUUGACGAGCCGGAGGAGAAAACCAGCACCACGGUUACUGUAACCACCACAUCUCCAGGAGCCCAAACACAACAUAAGCAGCAGCAGGACAGGAUGGCCUGGAUACUCACUCGACCCCAAUCCAGCGUGGAGAUAGAGCUGGAAGUGCCGGUGGUGAGGAGGUUCACACUGGUGCCCCAGAUCGCCGUGCAGGGCUCAACUGAGAGCGAGCAGGAUGAGUGGGAGCCAUGUUCAGAUGGAGAGGAAACCAACGAGACAUCUGAGCUAGAGGUGGACAUCACUUCAUCUCAGCCACAACAGGCAGGACGUCCUCUUUCUGACAACAGCUGCAGUCAAGCAGCAGAAACAACCUCUGCUGGUCCUCAGGGUGGACCACAAACAGAGAAGACUGAGUGCAGAGAGGAAGCACCUCAAAAAGGGCCUCUGAGAAAGUGACCUCUCACCACUGCACUCAUUUCAACAACUCAUAUCUUUUCUGUGAAGUCUCUCAAAAGUUAAACUCAUGUAUAAACUCGUCUGGCUGACAGAAAGUGGGAUAAAGUUUUACUUGAAUUUUUUUAAUUGUAAAUAUUUGCCUCAAGGCGUUACAGACAGUGUUGUCUUAUUUAUUACAUUUGUAAACUAUGGUGAGUGAGUAACAGGGAAAGAGGGAAGUUCUCAUUAGUUGAAUAGCCAAGGCUCAACAUUUUUGUAUCCAUAAAAUGUGGUGAUGUCUUUUGACUGGGUUGUCUUUUGUAUAAAUGUCUAUUUUUUAAAUGAAUUGUUGCUGUACAGAGUAGUUUGAUAAUGCUAGGCGUAACUGUUGCUGGACCAAAAGGUACGAGAAGUCUUUUUUUUUUCAGUGUCGGCUUAGAUCUGAACAGUGCAGCUUCCGGUAGUGUAAUACUGCUAUUAUAUUGAUCCCUAUAAACCUAAGGAUGAUGUUUGGUUCACACUGUGAGCACCAGGGCUGAUGUGUCAUUUCCUGUUGUAUCUAAAAUGUACAACUACAAUACACAUACACACACGUUUUGCUGCUUUGCUUCGGCACCACAUCCUUGAGGAAAACAUCAAAGCCACCAAGCACUAAUUAGAACGGGGGAAAACUGCGAUGCUUUGCAGAGCUGGAAAUCUUCCACUUUGCACUUAUCAAACACAAAUAUAGUUCAGGAACCAGUCACAUAGGUGGGGAAAAAAGCAGCGCUGAAUUAGACGGCAGACAUGGAUACAUUAGUUGUGUGGCUCGUGUUUCUCUGGCAACUUUGUCAGAUUUGUAGAAUCAAAGUUCUUCCAUCGAUUUGUCGACUGUGUUCCUUGCAGUGUGGUCACAGUAUUGUACAGUUUCUUACAUGUGGAUCUGGUCAGUGCAGGGUAAUGUUGCACACUGACACUGUCACUGAAGUUUGACUUACAAGUACAAUCUGUUAUGAAGACACAAACAAAGAAGCUGAAUCAAAAAGGGUAUUAUGUGCCAUCAUAUCAGUGCAGCGUCCUCUAAGCCAUAUCUUUGAAGACAGUCGAAAUCAUUUGUGUUUGUAAUCUCAACUCAACAUGAACAUUUUUCUGAUUAUGUGUUUUUCUUCCACUGGUAUCGCACUCUUGACAAAGUCCUGGAUGUUACAGAACAUGACACACUCUGCUUUGUGACUUCUCGAUGUAGACUGUGUGAUACCUUCGUAGAGGUAUCUCAGUUUUUUCUCUGGUCACUUUUUGACAUCAGCAUGGCUCCACAUCUCGCUGUAAUAACUCUGCUCAAAGCAUGCAAUUUACAGGAAAAACACUGAGCAGUCAAAUUGAAGAUGAUGAUGUCUUGAUGUCUGUGUCUUCUCGAGAGCCUGGAGGGAACUAUCUUUUUGGUAUUUAUUUUCCUUACUUAGAAUAACAAGACAUUUUGUACCUGGAAAAGUGUUUGAGCCUCGUGUAUUUUUUGGACGUACCUUUUCCUGAAACCGUAGCUUUUGUCUUCGUUUUUUCAUGAGCAUGUAACAGACACCAUGCCUACGAGACCUGCUCCUACUUAAUUUACCGUGUAGUGAUGUUUACAUCGAGGGGGAAAGUGCACUAAUGUAUUUUGACAUGAAUUUUUGUAAGUGAAUGUUGACGGCACAGGGAAACCCUUACAUUGAAUCCAAACCCAGGGCUUCUUUGAACAAAUGUUUGUAUGUCUUUGUAUUGUACAAAUAUUGAUGUAUAUUUUGAUAACAAGGAUGUGUAUAAUUCCAAAUGUGUUGAAGGUUAUGAUAUGCACAAUGACAAUUUGAGGCACCGGGAUUUUGGGAAGUCUAGCUCGAGGGAACGGGCUGUUGUAUUUCAGAUGUACUUCCUGAGUUUGAAGUUUUAUUGUCUUAUUUGUCAGUGGCUUUUUGUACCGACUUUCUCCUCAGUCUUCUGUUUCUAAAGCAUCAGAAUUGUUGAUGUGUUUCUUGCCCGUAUGUCCCUCUUCCUCCUUAAAAUCUCAUGAUGAUGACCUUUUCACAGGAUGCUUUCGUUCUGUCCGCGAACAGCUCGGGGAGACUAUGUCACUGAACGGCUCAGUUAUUUUUUGCAGUCUGACGGAAUUGUUUACAACGAACAAACAUGCUACGUACUGUACAAACAUUUUAUAUCCUGUGGCUGUACAUGAUGAAACUACCCUCUUUGAUACCAUGAGAGAAAUCUCAUAGAAGUUACAUAUCUGUUUUUGUUUUGUUCUUUUGAAAACGUUCACAAAGAGUCAUUUAGCACCAAGCUGAGAAGCAUUUAGUGUUUUUUACAUGCAGCUAAGUAACUGGGCUGAAGGAUAAAAGCACAACGAGAUGCCUGCUGGGAAAAAAACUGAUUUCUUGGCCACAUUUUUUUUUUUUUUUUUUUUUUUGACGUGCAUAUUUGCAUAAAAAAAUGUCAGAGGGAAAAUAAUGCUGCAGAGGGAUGAAAUUUACUCUAGAGGUACAUUUAUAUAAACAAAAUAAUGGGAUACAAGUCAGACAAAAUGGCUAAUUUAAAGUAAAAGUCAACAUGUACGCUAAACCAGUGGUUCCCAACUGGUGGGUCGCGGUCCAAAAGGGGGUCGAAUGGGACCGCAAAUGACUUGCCAAUGUGUCAAGUCUAAUGACUAAGAACAAAUCUGCACCCUGUGGUUGAACCAGUCGGAAACCACUGCUCUAAACCGUACCGUUAAAAGGCCUCAUUGUUAAAGAAUACAACAUGACACAAAAUAAACCAGUCUUUGAAUUUGAUUUGGGACGAACCUUUUUGCAGUGCAUGUAUUCCAGAGUUCUCCAAACAACUUGGUUUCUUAUGUGAAUGUAGACAAUGCUUGAUUGAUCACCACUUUUGCACCUGCAACCACACCUGAGGAUGAUGUGUCAGCUGUAAGGUUAAAAACAAAAUCAGCCGGUGGAGGUCAGCAAAGACGAGACUCUGAGCUGAUGCUAAACGUACUCUUACAGAACAAAGUGGCAGGUCAAACUGUUGUACAUGUGCAUGUGUUCUCCCGUGGACUCUUCUGUUCAGUGCAUGCUGCAUGAGACAAGCACACAUGUAAUACUUGAUCGCAUGGUAUACUGGCGGUGUCGCCCUGUACUGUGUUUUCUUGUGCAACAAAUAAAAUUUGUAUUUCUCUUUGACUCAUCCU